GUGAAUGUGUAAGGAUUCGGCCAUUUUCUUAUAUUCUCUACUUUUUCUAAUUUUGCUUUUGGUAUGUUUGGGUAUGCUAUAAGUAUCUACAUAAUUUGAUUUUAUUACUUGCAUGUAAUUGAUUUUUUUUCAUCAUUUUGUCGAAACUCCCCUACUUUUUAAUCUAAAUCUUAAGAUGGUAGCUUCCCGCAGUCGUCUCUGAAACAGUGAGCAGUAACAAAUAAUGGUUCCGUCCAGUUUUAUGGGCUUUACUUUAAUCUUAGAUAUUGAGUAUGCCUUUUAUAGUCUAUUGAGACAAUUACUACUAGCUUUAGAACAUAAUUAAUAUUACAAUAUUAGUAAUAAUUUAUAGUAAAAAUUAUAUUAUUAAAGUUAAGGCAUCGCCUCAUACUCUUCAUCAUAGGCUAGCCUACUUAUUAUUCUUUUGAAAGUUAAAUUUAGAGACUUAAACUUUAAUUAAAAUUCAUUUAAAAUGUUAAAUUUAAAGGGACUGUAAAAGGGGGGGGGGGGGGACCUCUUGAUUUUAAAAUUAACAGUGGCUAGCCUACUUAUUAUUCUUUUGAAAGUUAAAAUUAGAGACUUAAACUUUAAAUAAAAUUCAUUUAAAAUGUUAAAUUUAAAGGGGCUGUAAAAGGGGGGGGGGGGGACCUCUUGAUUUUAAAAUUAACAGGCUUAUUUCAUUAACUGAAACUGAGAAAUAAGUCAGCACUAUUACUAUUAGUAAGUACUAGUCUAGUGGUAGUUGUGCCAUAACAUAAGUAUUUCUGCAGGAGGCUACCAACUUUCAGACUUAUUAGUUAGUGUUAGUACUAAAACUAAAUCCCCUAAAAUAUAAUACUAAUCAAUUUGGGUUAAUUUUAAUACUAAUACUAAACUAAAUAAUAUUAAAGUAACUAAUUGUUAAUUGUAUCAUAUUAUAAUUAAAUUAUAAUUAAAUUAUAAGUAAAGUAGUAGUGGACACUUCACACAGUCACUGUUGACUGUUAAAUAAAAAAUAUAUCAAUCCAUUUAAAUUAGUGUUCUUUCUAAUUCUAAUAAAUAAGUGUAGUGUAGGCUGUAGGAAUAAUAAUUUUACAUACUCUGUGUGCAAACUUGGACCAAUCACCUGAAUAGGGGUGCCAGGGGCGUCUAUCCCCCUUGAUGUGGAAGCAAGCCCCCUCCCCCUCCUUAGACCUUGGUUGGUCUUGGUAAAUAACUUUAUGUGGGUCAUGCCAAUCAAUCAAGGUAUUGGUGAUUGCUUCCUUGAGUUUACUAUGAAUAUUAGUAAUACAAAAAUUUACAGUUAAAAAAUACUAUUAGCUCAAUAAUUCCUCACAAUUUUCAGCAAAUUGAAUCCUGUGAAAAUGUAUUUUAAUAAGCCUAUAAUUUUAAUUUGGUUUUAAUUCUUGACAUUAAGACUUUGUUCAAGACAUUCAAGUGACUGUUAAAAUAUCAGUCGCAUGUCAUUCCAUGCUAGAGGAUUGGCAUUCAAUUUGCAGCCUAAGCACUAAGCAUGUCAAAUAAAAUAGACAAUUUUUUUCACCUAACAACACACCCCCAACCCAAAUAAAAAUAUAAUUUUUUUAAAUUAUUCCUAAUUUUCCAUUGUUCUUUCCCAUUUUAACUUUGCUACAUGGAGAAAUUCAUUUGUUGGUGGGGGGGGGGGGGGGGGGGGGGAUGGGGCUUUGACUAUUAAAAGAUCAGCUAAAUUUCCUUCAAACAUUCAUUAUACAAAUUUAAAAAACAUGAAAGACUUGCAGCAAAAGCACAUCCCACAUUCUGCCUUUCUGUGCACAAAUGUUCUUUUUAUCAGACUUGCCUUCCAGUUCCAUUAGGUAUUAGAUUUUAGCAUGACUUUUAGCAUGCUAUUAAAUGUGGAGACUUUUCUGGCAUUUUAAAAUUUAAAUUAAAAUAUCAAGAAAAGAGAAUUUCAAAAUCUAUACAGCUGUAGAGUUAGAAAAUUUUAAGGAAACUGAAAUUGUUAAUGACACCCUAUAAAAAUUAGUCCACAUCAUGAAUCUUUAGCAUUCCUCACACAUUACGGCUGAUAGCCAACAGUACCUUCCCAUGAUGUCUCCCUGGUAGAAGUGAACAGAAGAAGAUAACCUUAAUUGUGUGUAUAGUUCUAGUUUAAAGAUAAUAAUGUAUUUAGAAAUUACAAUAACAAACAUAAUAUUAUUGGAAUUAUUUUUUCCCUCUUUCUAGAGAUCUUCUAUCUUGUGAAUGCCAGAACUACUUUGAAAAUGGCAGAAAAUCACCAUCGUGGCAAAGCCAACCACACUGGGCACAAUACCAGUCUUAACAUAAAUCCCAGCAACACCCACAGGAUCAGUGAGGCCUUAACUCCUACAUCGAGUACAGCAUUAUCAUCUGCCAAUCAGGGAGAAGGUGCUGUAAGGAUUCCUCUCAGUCUUAGUGCUGAAAACCUUGACAAUGUUCGGGCUAAUGGCAUUCAGUUCACAAAUUCAAACCUUGGUCACAACUCUGGCAUAAACAGCAAUGGUAAUAUUGUAAGUGGGAGUGGAAACUUUAACCUCAGCUUCAGCAAUGGUAAUGUUAUUCUCAACAAUCCCCUUGAUGGCAAUGUCAGCAAUGGUGGUGUUAUAUUAGAAGCAGUCAGUCUAGCUGAGCACCAACAUCAUCAACAGCUUCUGCAACUCCAGCAGCAAAAUGCUAUUCGAUCCAAUGGUAGGACAGUUCUACAUUCAAAUGAAAUUAGUUCCAAUGGAAUAAUUGAUUCUCAAAACUUAGGCAAUGGACACUUGAUCAGUAUGGGUGGUUCUGAUGGAAUGGCUGUCAGUGAUGGAAGCAACUCAGCCAGUGGUCUCAUCCAAGCUCUUGGUGCUGCAGUGAGCAGGGCUGUAGCUAAUGGACAUUUUUCCAACCUUUUAUCUUCUGCCAUGAACCUACCACUUUCUAUUAAUCAAAAUGGGAUUGUGAGUGGCAGCGAAAUUAUGACCUUCAACACAGUUCCUACCAGUAUCAUGAAUGGUGCUAGUGCACAGCUACUGCUCAACCAACAGCAGCAGAAUCACCAGCAGCUUGCCCUUAAUCAUUUGGACAACACAAUCAGCUCAAUGCCUAGUGUAAACCUACAUCAUGGUGGUAUCAGCAUGGCCAGAAGUGACGUUGGUGGCAGCACUGUGACGACCUCUUCUGGGUUAGGAAACAGGUACUGGAUUUUACAUUUUAACCAAAAAAAUACUACAUUUUGCUGUUAAGUAAAGUUUUUAGUGGGAAAAUAAUUUGUCUUAUACAGUUUAUUUUAAUAAGAAAUUGCAAGAUAUACUAAAUCAGAUUAUAAUUUACAUGAGUAAAAAAAAAAGAAUUUUAAUAAUCACUUUACAUUGAUUUUAUUAACAUCCUAUUAUAACAAAUCAAAAUAACAAGAUAAUAAAAAAUAAUUUCAUAUACCUCAUAUUUUAAAUAAACUAAACUAUAUCAAUAUCACUAACUUUAAUUAACUAAUUAAUUUUUGGUGCCUUAGACAAGAUCAUAUUGUGAAAGAAUUUAUUUGUUGAUAGUGAAUAAGCUUUCAAACCACUUUUAAGCAACGAUUUUGGCAUCAAAUCAGGUUAGGUAGUACUGCUUUAUCACACAUUUCAAAGCAUUUCAAUUUCUUUCUCUGUUAACUUUUGCAAAGCCAAUGUAUGCCAUGUAUUUUCAGCUCUGUUACAGUGUCCCUGGGCCAGCAGCACCAACAGCAAAUGUGGGUGCAGCCAGAUCAAAGUGGUUUCCUGCCGGCAGCCGUAAGUCUCGCUUCACAGGGUCUGGCACUUCAGGGGGCAAUAACUCUCCAGGGCCCGACCAGUUCUCAGGACAGAUCGUCCGUGCAAGUUCAUGAGUUGCAGCAUUCGCACAUAGAUGGAAACCAUUACCAAGAUCUGAGGGCUCAGUUUCCAGGUAUUUUCUCAUGACCAAAUGAUUUUCUUUAAGUAUGGCAGAUGAUUCUUGAAAUAAUCAGAGGAAAGAGAGCAGCUAUAUUUUUAGGAAAUGACAUCAGUGCAUUUUUACUCUUUUUGUGUGACCUAGACCUGUUAAAAUUCCUAGGUAAUCUUGUCUUAUUUUUGUGUGUUGAGGACUUGUGGACCUGUUGACUUCAUUUUAAAUGUAAACUUUGUAUGGCUCAGUAUUUAUGUUUGUUUCGCAUCCCCCUAAGCCACAUUUGCAAUCUGGAAAUGGGUUAUAAAUUCAGAUGCCAUUGUUUAAGUGAAAAGCUUGUUGUGUACAAAUGUUUAUACAUGAUAUAUGCAAGCUAUUUUAAGUGGGUUGUGUUAAGGCCUUCUACACUUUUUUUUGUUUUUAUUGUGAAGGUGUGUUUCAAGUUCAACAUGGAAAUAGAAAUGAAACAUAUCAGUCAGCUGCUCACUCCACAUACGGGCGGUCAACUCCAGUGCAAGAUUAUAAAGACAUGGGAGAUGACAGCGAGGCUACACCAUCAUUUUCAAAUUCUCAACAGAUGUCAGUGGAGAGUCAAGCAGCUGUAAAUGUAGCAUCUCAACUAAUUGAGACUUCCGCUGUUGACAGUAGCAGUCUUCAACAGGUUUGCAAUUUUUCUUAUUAACUCGGGACAUCUCUUGAUUAGAACCAUGAAUGGCAUAUAUGUUUCUAGACUGUGACUAUUCGUCCUCGGGUACCAGAAGUGAGAAGUCGGAUGUCAUUUGUGGUUGUUUAUUUUAGUUAAGCUGAAGAAUUAAGUUUAGAAAAAUAUAGUCCAUUCAAUUAUCUUUCAUUUGCUACCUCAUACCCAACAAAAUUUUAAAAAGUUUUUUAAUCCCAACCUCUCACUUCUGGUACCUGGGACGAAUAGCCACUUCAUUUUUUUCUAUUAGAUUCUGGAUGUAGACAACAUCUCAAUUUUGUGUAGUUUAAUAAACUUGUAGAAAACAAAACACAUUGAACUGAAUUUAUAAUUUGGCUUUCUUAACAUUUCUGAUAAAGACAAAUAUGACCCCCAGCUAAACUUAAUAAAAAGUACUAGCUUUUACAUAAGUGUUUGUUAAAUAAAAUAAAAAAACAAUUUUAUACAAAUGAACACAAAAAAACAUUUACAAAGCUUUAUAAAUAGUUACAGUUUAAGAAGUUUUUCCAUAUUCAAUAAACAAUGUAUUUCCCAAUUUUAAAACAGUGCUACCAACUUGUAUUUGAUGCUGGCAAUAGAUUGAUGACGGUACAAAGAGUGAUGUCCCCUUCUGAUUGUACUGUUAGCCAGUCAACACUUAGUUUUGAUAGUUCUGAAGCACAAGCCAGUCUUUUGCCGAUGGUGAGAUUUUCAUUGUUAUUAACAACACAAAUAUUUCCUUUAUAUUGAUACAGGAAAAUUUAAAACAUUUUAAUCUAUAUUUUAUAGUAUACAGCUACUACAAUUUUUACUGCAACCAAAUUUCUGUAUAUAGAUGAAAUUCAUCUUUAUAUCAAUUUCCUUUCCAUCUGGUAUUAUUUGUUAAUUCUGAUUUUUCAGCAUGCUUUUAUUGUGGAAUAAAUACUUUGUAAUUGACUUAUGAAGUCUUGACUAAAUGAAAACCACACAAAUUUCUUGUUUGGUUUAUACUAAAAUAACACAAAUUAAUUUGCUGUUAUUAUUUUAGUUGAAGCUCUAGAUAUUGGUGUUGGUGUAAUACUCAUAAAUGUUAAAUUCUGGUUGAACAAAUUAUUUCUGUUGUGAUGUGAAGAAAAAUAGAACCCUAACUACCUGACACCCCAAAUACAUGACCCAGCAAUAGAAGCUGUCAGGGUUGAUAAAAAAAAAUCUUUCAAAUUGUUUUAUUUGCUAAAUAUUUUGCUUCACUUAGUUGUUAUUUUUAAACAUUCAGUAGUAAGUUUUUCAAUCAUUGGCCAACAUUUAAACCACACUACAAACAUUAAGGCAACCUCUGCUAGUUACGCCCAUCCUUUUUUUAUGAUUCAGACUUCUCAGCCAGGUCAAUCGUACACCAUGGUCCAAGUUAGUACCAUGCCCAACCCAUUCGGACCAGGGAGCAGUACUGGUGAGGUCAGUACAUUAUCUGUUUCAGUCUUGUUGGCUAUUCCAAAUAGAUCUGAUCAUAUGGGUGUCAUCUCUGUUGAAGAUCAGUGUCGAGUAUGAGCGUUCAUUAGGAAUUGUUGUGACUCAAUAUUAUGUUCAUUAGUUGUUGAACGCUUUUCCCGCGCUUGACUAUUAUAGUUAGUGAACGCUCUUCCCGCCAUUGUCUUUAUGACGUAUUUUUAUGCUGAGUCGUGACGUAUUGUCUAUGCAGUGUUGUGACGUAUGUUGUAGUCGUGCGGCAGUCUUGAGUGGAACCUUGGAGUGAUAGGAUGUUUAUUAUAUUUACUUAGAUAUUAAAGUUAUAGUUAUUAUGAAAAGGAGUUGAGUUUGUUAAUUGAUAGUUAGAAUAGUACCACGCUUCAACGUAUGAAAGAACUGACGAAUGUAAUCAAUCCAAGAAGACAGUAGGAGUUGACAUGGGGGCUCGUCCGGGAUUGGUGAACCUCGUUAUUUUCAUAUUUGAGGUAAAGUACAAGAACUUCCUUACUAUUCAACUUUGGUGAAGUUACAACAAUCGUCGCAUGUUCCCGUAUUUCAAUGUCCGAGCCCCGCUGCCCGUUAUCAAGCUGCCAACGUCCUGUCCAGUUCCAGUGAAAUAACUACGUCCUGCCCGUUAUCAAGUUACUAACCUCGUGUCCAGUUCCAGUGAAAUAACUACGCCCUGCCCGUUAUCAAGUUGCCAACGUCCUGUCCAGUUCCAGUGAAAUAACUACGCCUUGCCCGUUAUCAAGUUACCAACCUCGUGUUCAGCUGCAGUGAAUUAACUACGCCCUCCACGUAUCGAGUUAUCUACGUUCUUUCAGCGGUGAGCUACCAACUUCGUGUUCAGUUCCAGUGAAAUACCCAGCCCUGACCUUCGUCAAGUCGCCAACGUCCAGUUGAGUUCCAGUGAAUUAACUACGCAUUUCCCUGUAUCGAGUUAUCUACGUCCUGUCGGGGGUGAGCUACCAACUUCGUGUCCAGUGAGCUGUGAUGUCCUGUGGCCCUGUCCGGUCACCCAGUUGAACAGCGCCCUGUCCUGCUUCAACGAGCCACCAACGUCCCGUCCUGCAUCAAGCUGCACAUGCCCGAUCCUGUAUUGGUGAGUUACCCACGAACUGUCCAGUGUCGGCGAUUCGCCUACAUUCUGUCCAGUGAGCUGCCGAUGUCCCGUGACCCGUCCCGGUCACCCACACCUCAAUGACUGUGUCCCAAGAUCGCCAUAUAGGACAAUUGAAGUUUGUGAGAGAACUAUUGACAGUAAAGAACCAUUGACACUUAAUUAAGCUCAGUGUGUGUUUUGAAUAAUAUUUAAAUUCUAUAGGACUUUCCACGAACCAGGCAAGUUGGAUUUUUAUUGUUUAAAACAUUUUUGGCAUUAAUUUUCUUAUGACUGAUGUAUUAACAUUUUUUUUACCUGGGUAGAAUUUAGAUUUUUGCUAGAGUUAACAGACAGCGAUUGGUCCUUAAAACUUAAUUAUUGUUUACUGUAUGAUCACCCUUAAUUUGCAUUGCUAUGGCUGGAUAUGUCAGUAGGAAAUGGAGUUUAGAAGAAAUUAGGCAUGUGGGUGUGUUACUUCUUUAUACGGGAGAGAACCUAGAGGAGUAUAUAAGAGUUAAGUUCGAAGAACACGUACGGGAAGAGAGAGAGGAGGAACUUAGAGCCAGAGAGGAAGAACGUAUAGAUAGAAAGAGAGAGGAAGAACGUAUAUGUAGACAGAGAGAGAAUGAACGUAUAUAUAGACAGAGACAGAAAGAACGUAUAGAUAGAGAUAAACAGAGUCAGAGACAAUUUGAACUAGAUAAACUUGAUAGAGAAACUAGACUGGCAAAAUUAAAGGCAGAACGACGGGAAAUUAUUUUAAAGAGACAGGCAUAUUAUUAUAGCGACAGUGACGAUGACGAGAGCCAAGAGGAAGAAAUAUAUUAUGGCAUUGCCAGCAUUCACUGUGAGAAUCCCUAUAAAAAUGUUAAUAGAGUUUCCAUUAAUGUGAGUGAAAACCACUAUGUGGAUAACGGUGGACAUACUCAUGAUCCUGACCCCAGGCAAGAGCCGGCCUCGCAACCACGGUUCAUGGCUAAAAAUACUGAGGAACAAAAUGAUAUUAUUGCCUCUGCUGAUGAUUCAAUUUUUUUAAAUAGAAAUGACAAUGAUUUGUUAAUUGAUCCGUCGGCUAACGUUAAAAGGGACAACGCUGACCGUGUUGACAUACCCCCAGUGGCAAAGGGUACAGAUAUAGCUUUAGAUUCAUGUCAAAACGAGGUUGAAGUAGUUGGUGUAUCCCAGGAAGUCCAAUGUAAAGAAGAAAGGGGACGACAAUUUAAUAAGGUAGAAGUCAUUGGAAAUGACCUUAGGUGGACGUAUGUAGGGGAUUGUCCCAGCGUCACAGUAUGUAAUGAAUUGGUUGUUAUGGAAACGGGCGGCAUUGAAAUCAAAGAGAACCCUGUUCUAAUGUCUGAGGACAUGAUUUUUGUUGUAUCUCAUGGUGAGCCAUCAGAUAAUGUAAGUCCUGAAGUUGAAGGGCAUGAUUUUUUCUGUGAGGUUGAUGAGGUGAGUGUAAUCCCUGAGGUGGGGGAAGGAGAGAAAAUUGUUGUUGAUAAUUAUUGUGAUGUAAAUGAGUCACUGUGUAAUGUGAGCCAGGUGUGCUCAGGUUUUGAUGUUACUGCAGAGAUCUGCAAUGAAAAUGUAUCACAAGUUGUUAUGAGCAAGGGUUGCUCAAAAUUUUUUAGUAUUGCAGAGAGCUGUAUUGAUGAUGAAUCAAUAGGUAGUGUGAGCCAGGGCUGCUCAGAUUUUCAUAUUGUUACGGAUAGCUGUAAUGAUAAUAAAUCACCUGCAAAUGUGAGCCAGGGCUGCUCAGAUUUUCAUAUUGUUACGGAUAGCUGUAAUGAUGAUGAAUCACCUGUAAAUGUGAGCCAGGGCUGCUCAAAUGUACAAAUUGUUACAGAUAGUUGUAAUGAAAAUAAAUUCCCAAGUAAUGUGAAUGAAGGUUGUCCAGAUUUUGAGAGCCAGGAGUGCUCUAACAUUAAGUUGGAAACCAAUGUUGAAAGUGUUAAAGAGAGCGCUGCCAGCUCUAAAGGUGCACUUGUUUAUGAUUUUCAAGAGGAGGUGAGAUGUCAGGUCCAUGAGUUGGGAGGUGAGGCUUUUAAUUGUAUUGUUAAACAAAAUGAAUCUGUUAAAAUGAACUGUUGCCAUGAUUUCUUUGAAGUUCCUGAUUUGUUUGAAUUUCUUUUUUAUGAGAAUCGUUUUUCAUUUUAUAACAAUUUAAAAAUAUGUAUUGUAAAACUGAGAUUUCACAUGAGUUAUGACCACGGGUCAAAAGAACAAGGAGAGAUAAUUUUAAUUAUAAUAAACAUGUUGAAGCAUAAAGUUGUGAAAUCCACGGACAAAAGAUAUGUCCCGCCAUCUGUAGCUGUGUUAUUUAAGAGCAAAUAAAGGCUGCUCAAAUUGUGGUGAGACAUCUCUCACCUGUAAUAAUGUUAGAUAGUUUUGUGUUUCUAUAGUGAUGACCAUUGGUUUUAUUUAAAAAUACACCUUUUUGAUGAUAUGAUUUGGAUUAACUUAGUUAUAGUUUCAAAUUCAGUAAGGAUGUUGAUGUAUUUGCCCUGAUUUUUGAGAUAAAAAUAUAAUUAUUUUUAUUGGUAUGAAAAAUGAAAAUUAAUGUUGACAUUCAAUUUCAAUGGUCUGAUUUUUAUUGUCGUACAUGAAUUUUUAACUCUUGAAUUGCAUUUAAAAUUAUGUACGAAGGAUUGUUUAUUUUAUUGCAGUAUAUCAUAAAUCUGUUUGAUUUUCAGUGAUACCUAAAUAAUGUUUUUUGAUAAGGACCAUUCAUAUGGCUGAAGGGUUCUUCUUGAUGUAAUUGAUGUAAAUUUUGUAUGUCUGGUAACGAUUUCACUCCCUGAGUAAAAUCUGAAAUGAAAGAGGGGGGAUAUGUCGAGUAUGAGCGUUCAUUAGGAAUUGUUGUGACUCAAUAUUAUGUUCAUUAGUUGUUGAACGCUUUUCCCGCGCUUGACUAUUAUAGUUAGUGAACGCUCUUCCCGCCAUUGUCUUUAUGACGUAUUUUUAUGCUGAGUCGUGACGUAUUGUCUAUGCAGUGUUGUGACGUAUGUUGUAGUCGUGCGGCAGUCUUGAGUGGAACCUUGGAGUGAUAGGAUGUUUAUUAUAUUUACUUAGAUAUUAAAGUUAUAGUUAUUAUGAAAAGGAGUUGAGUUUGUUAAUUGAUAGUUAGAAUAGUACCACGCUUCAACGUAUGAAAGAACUGACGAAUGUAAUCAAUCCAAGAAGACAGUAGGAGUUGACAAUCAGCUGUCUUCAUCAGCUUCCAUCAACAAUGUGAUUGGGGGUCUAAAAUUGAGUGAGCUCAUGAUAAGUGGGUAGCUGCAUUAGACAUUAGAACCACAAGCACCAGUUGGAUUUGAUUACGUUCCUUCUUCAUCCUAGAAAUGUUCAAUUCUUACUUUGGAUUCAUCCCAUUUUCUAGACACGUUUGUACAUUUAUAAAAUAUUUUUUUUUAAAGAUGUAUUUGACAAAAUUUAUACAAGUUUAUUUCAGGGUUUGAGUAUAAAUUAAUAUUUUAAUUUGAAUGAUUUCAUACUGCUUUCUUGCUUAAAUCAAAUAAAAUCUUUUAUGAUCUCCUUUAUUUCAUAUGUUUCUACUCUACUGCUAACUUGUCCCACAGACCAAAUCAGACAUGGAUGGGGUGACAGAAUGUGACACCACACAAGAAGACAUUGAGUUUCAUAGUAAGUGAUCUGUUCUUUUAUAUAAUGUAAGUAUUCAAGGUCAGUUCAUCUAUUUAAUUGUAUUAUAGUUUGCAUAUGUUACGGUAUAAUACAUUUUAAUUUGUGAUUGAUCUAAAUAUUUCUAAGAAUUCUAAAUGUAUUUCUCAUCAAUGCAUUCCGUAUGCUACAUAAGCAUAUUUAAUUUUUAAAAAUAUUUUCAAUCCUUUUAAGUCUUUAUUAAGGCAUCAAAAGAUUUAGAUAUUAAAAUAAAAUGAUUAAUAUGAUUAUUUAUAACAUUUUUUGGGUCUUUUUUUGUCUUGUGGUCCAGGUGGUGGUUUUGUGUGUUUUUGUUUUUUGCAUGUUAAGUUCAACAUUUUAUUUGUAUUUUAUCAAUUGUUGACUUUCUUAUAUAUUCCACCAGGAAGUCCCACAUACUUGGACAACUCCAGCAACAUUGAUGAUGAGCCGUCCCUAGAUUCAACUACCCUACACUCCACCAUACAGGUCAAUGCAGGCACCAGCUCUGAGGACGUCAUCAUGGAUUCUACCCUGGACAGCAGUGACCUCACUGCUCUGCAUCCUGUUUCCCUUGACAUGUCUCGUAUGUUAACAAUACAUUAAUCUAUGAAAUUUUAAAUUCAACAUUUUGAAAGAUAUUGGAGUGCAAGAACUGUACUAAUAAUAAAUAGAUGAUUUAAUUGAGGUUGAACUUGUUGAAAAAAAUAUAUAUAUUUCCCAACAGAUAUGUUUCAGCUGCUCACUGCUAUGAGUGGUUUCUGUGAAUAAAAUUUACCUUAAGUGCUUAUUAUCUAUGGAACUGAUUGGUAAAAAUUUUAAUGAUCCUUUUUUUUUUUAGUAUCUGUGCAGCUAUAUUUGUUAUUUGUAGCACUGCUUACUUAUUGUUUUUACAUCACAGAAGAGAUUGCUGGACCCAGUGGACUUGUGUCAUAUUCCAAUUCUAGACUAAAGCCUGAAACCACUAUAAAAGUAUCAACACCAAGUAGUAUAAUAGCAGUAAGUUAAGAAUGCCUAUCCCUUGAGUGAUUAUAAUCUUGACAUAUGACCUGUACACACACACCCUAUCUUUUAACAGAAGAUACAGGGAAGUAUUUCUUAAAAUGAAUUUUUACGUGAAUGAGUACAGAUUAAUUAAUGUUUGUAUUGAACAGUAUCUGUCUCUUUUGAAUGGUGUUUAAUAAUCUGAAAUACAACAUGUUCAGAAUGGAAAAAUGUAUUGUUUUGAGUUUUAUCACCCCAAUACUGUGCUUGUUGUGAAGUGUAAACUUUUCUAAAUCUUUUUUGAAAAAUAAUAGCCCCUCAAAGCUGAUGUAUUCUGUUUUAGUUUCAAUAUUUCUGUCAAAGUAUUUCAAAUUCCUGGUCUAAAGUUGAUGCCUAAUUUAUCAUCUUGUAUUUCUGUAACAGUCUGUUCGCAGAAGCAAAAGACUGGAGCAAGUGAGGCUAGAGCCUAGAGCUAGUCAGAGGAAAAUGGAUUACAAAUCAGAGCCGUAUGAUCUUAAUAUGUUAUGUAAGUUGUUCAGUUGUAAUUAAUAUAAUUUGUUUUUAACCUAAUCUUGUGAUAACAUAUUCUAGAGAUCUUUUCUUUUAAUUAUAUUUUACUUCAACUUCCUGUGAAAACCCUCUACUUUUCAUUGCCUUUAUUUUUUUCCCCCCAGGGUGUGAAGACUGUAUGCAGAGCUAUGAGGUUAUGUGUCCCAUCCACAAGAUGGUGCUUGUUCAAGAUAAAAUUGUCAUGACAAGAGCAUAUGCCAGUUUGCCCAACCAACUGCGUAUAUUUCGCAUACCAGAAGCUCAAAUUGAACCUGGUGAUUCAGGUCAGGAUUGUAGAAAAUGUUGGAAUUUGUUUAGUCUUGAAAAGCUUUUUCUUGUAAUUGAGAUUGAGCCUACAGUUUGUAUUCACUUUGUGGCAUACUUCCAUGUGCCACACACAUCUGAUUUCCAUGUGGCACACAGAUAAUGAACUUAUAAUACAUUAUAAUGAUAAGGUGUUUAAUUACAACUAUUUUUAUGCUGAUAAAAUGUUGAGUCUGAAAGUUUAAGUUCUCCAAAAAUGUCCUAUCUAUUCUUGUUUAAUUUGGUGUAACCAGUAAAACGUAUGUCAGACCAAUUUAUAAGUUAAACAAAAUUAUUAAUUUAGUAGCACAUUGAAUAAGUAAAGACUGAAGCAGUUCUUUGUCCUUAGAAUUGUAUGUUCAUAUCAUCUCUCAACUUCUUUCUGUCUAUUCACCCGUUCGACAGCUUCGCUCUUCCACAGACAAGCGUUUUCUGUCCAUUCCCAAGACACACACUAAAACAUAUGUCUCUUUUGAUAAUAUUUUUAUGUACAGUGCGGUGAGCCCAGCCCUAGGCUGGGGUACCGCGUUAUAAAAGACCACUAAUUAUUAUUAUUAUUUCUUUAUUCCCUCCUUUCAAUUAAUAUUUAGACACACAUAUACACACAGUUUGGUAGCUAGUAAUCUGGUUAUAAUAAUUCAAAUUUAUUAAAAAUUCAAGCGUGUUCUCCAAUAAUACUUCCAUGUUGUGCUAGGCACAAUGAGAAUUAUUAGUCCCCCAUCAUUUGCAUAUUGUUUUCUUAUGCCCACUGUACUCAUUUAGACAUUUAUAGAUUUUCGAAGCUUUUUGUUGAAACUUAAUAACAUGGGCUUGUAUUAUAAUUAAAUGAUUUGUAUUAAUUUUAAGAGUAACAUAAAUAUACAAUUGAAAUGUUUUGACCCUUUCAGCUACUGUAUAAAAGUUUAAUAAUUAUCCUCUGCACAGAUCACGGUGUUCAGGCCAAACGUCAGAUACCCAAGUUUACACAGUUUGGCCCCUUUGUUGGUCAGUUGGUUGACUCUAUGGAUCAAGUGACAAGGAAGUUUUUCCCCCUUGUGGUAAGAUACACACAUGGCACUCAAUGCAUUAAGUUAAUAAAUUACUUCAUUACUGGAGUUUUACUAGUCACAAUAGAACAAAGAAUUUCAAUAUAUAAAAAAAGCUACACAUUGCAUUAGAGAGAUAAUAAUUUUUAUUUAUUGAAAUCAACCAAAUAAAUGUUUUUAAUUAUUUUAGGGUUGAAUAAUUAACUUUUGUAAAGGUGUAGAGAAAGUUACCUUUUUUUUCCUAAACGAAAUUAAAGCAUAAUUAUUUUUUAUUUAAUCAUACUAACACCUUAAGAAAAAAUGUAUCAGGUACUUAACUUGGCGUGCAUGAGUUAAAAUGUUAAUUUCAUUAGAAUUCUUUAACUUGUGGAAAGACAUUAAAUUUAGUUCUAGUAACUGUCACAUUACGCAUUCAGAAAUGAAAGGAAUUUACUUAAGCAAUUGGAAAUUGAUUUGUUUGUUGUAGCUUGAAUAUCCAGAUGGCAGCUGUAAAUACUAUGAAACCGGUGAUGAAAACAAGUGCAACUGGUUGAUGUUUGUCAGGCCAGCUAAGUCUUUUGCUGAACAGAAUCUGGUGGCCUACCAGCACAAGGACAGCAUUUAUUUCAGUGUAACCCGGCUUAUUGAGAGCAAGCAAGAGCUGAAGGUGAUCACAUUAAAAACAAAACAAAGUUUAAUUGUGGAUGUCUUAUAACACUAAAUGAAUUUGAAUUGCUUAUGACAAUGACAAAUAAGUUUUGAGCAUAAUUUAAAAACUUGAAGUGCAGAAAUGUGAUUUUUUUUUUUUUUUUAAUGGAAAUGUUGUGUGGAUAAUUCAAGCUAUUCCUCAAAAAAAUGUUAGAAAAAAAUUUAGUUUGAUUUUAAAUUUAACAUUUGUUCUUUAUAGAAAACAUAGACUGAAGAAUUAAUGUUUUUUAAUGUUGAAGCUCGUCUGUUGGUUUAUAAAACACCAAAGUAAUUGUUACAAACUCUGUGAGUCUGUGUCAAUAGUUCUAUUAUGUGUGAUUAUAUCAUAAAUCAACAGGUGUGGUAUUCUGCACCUUUCGCUGAGAGAAUGGGGGCCAAAACUUUAGAGCUGACAGUUGAUGACCUGCAAGGUGUGCCAUUCUUAUGAUUAACUUAAAACUUAAUAUCAAAAAGAGCUUUGUUAUUGUAUUUUUAAUUUUCUAAAUAGAUAGGUAUUUAAAUUACUUUUGUAUCCAGAACUUUUCUACGAAACAUUUUGAUGCCGCAAAGUUCUUGUAAGAGUUCUGGGAGAAAGUAAAAAAAAUAAAUUUUCCAUGAUUUCAAAAGGAACAACACAACACCAACUAUUUUUAAGCCAGUUGACAACCAUUACAAAAAUGAGAAAAAAAAGUAAAAGUAUUGGGAUCAUCAGUUUUCUCCAACACCUGUUCAACAAUGGAAUUUGUUUUAUACCAUCUUGUGGGAGAGUUAGCUGCGUGCUUCGAGAGUAGGAGGCAGCCAAACAAAUUUCCACUGUCAAAUAUUUUUCCAACUUUUACCAUUCUUAACAUCAAUUCUCUAUGUCACUAAUGCUACCAGAUGGCCCUCUGAUUUCAAUAAUUAAAAUUCCCGAAUGAGAUUCUUUAAAAUACUGCGAGUACAUUUGGUGCAUAAUAUUUUCUUUUGUUUUAUGUAAAUAGUCUCAAUUUAAUUAUGGUGUUAUAAGUCUGCAGUAUAAAAAGGGGUGGAAUAUAAGAAUAUUAAUAUAGUUCAGGGGCAUGAAAAACUUAGGCAGUUGAGAAUCAGCAGUGUUAAAUUGGACAGAAUAAUAAGGUGGGGGGGGGGGGGGGGUAAGCUUUAAUUGGAAUCUUUUAAAGUGCAUUACUUAAAUGCAUCUUUCUUUUUUAUUUUUUUUUUUUUAGUAACUUUAGUAAAUUGAAAUUUAACACAUUGCCGCCUUCAUUGUUUGGCAGUCUAUAGCUAGUUUCUUUUACUUAAUUGGGAUAAACUAUUUCAGAGACCUAUAAAUUGUGUUUUCAGUGUAGCAUUUAAAUAUGGGUAUAUCUAAUUUGAGCUUGGUAGUGCUGUAUAGCAUAUCUUGCUAUUGGAGAUUAGUUAAAUGCAUGAUUUUAUUUUCAUUUGGUUGCAUGGCUUGAAGCUAUUUUAAUGCUUUUUGUCAUUUUCAUGUAUAUGAAUAUGAUAUUUUAUGGACAUAGAAGUGCUCAUUGUAUGUUAGAUAGAAAAGUUGUAGAUUUGAAAGUGAAACUUUUUCCUAACAUUUUGUACAUCCUAUUUCCAGCCCUGGAUGAGGAAGAUGCCAGAUUUGGAUGUUUUGAAUGCAGCCGUAAGUUUAAGUCCUCUGCGGCUCUACAGCAACAUUUGUCAACUCAUGAUGCUGAGGAUAUGAAAGAUUUUGAUCAUGAUGGUGACCAAGAUACAGAUUUCUUAGCUAACCUAGAAGAAGGCAUGGUUAAAGGCAAACAGAGAGCGGCAGCGGCUGUCAGGAAAAGGUUACUGCAAGGGAAAAUGAAAAAUGUGAGCUCGGAAGUUGGUUUAUCUUUGAUCCUGUAGUGGAGACUUAAAUAUUCAAUGCCACUUACAUAUUGAACCUUUUUUUUUUUUUUAUUUUUAGUUAAUCUUGUUCAUGAAUUGUUAUUUUACAGCUAUACUUAAUCAACUGAUGAUAUGUCCAUUUUCAUAAUGACAUUUUAUUUGAUCUUAAAUGUUAGAGAAUUAAAAAAAAAAAAAUUACAUCUUUUUUCUAUUACAAAGGUCUUUUUAUGCCAAUGUUAAAUGAUUUAAAUCUAACCAAGAUGUCACAGCUAUUCGUCAAUGUAAUUAUAUUUGUGCUUUUUUAUUAUAUCUAUUCCUUUUAUUUGUCCUUUUGCAGGGUGGAAUAGAAGCAGGCAAUUAUCAGUGGAAGAAGAAAUCAACAAACUUGUACCUUAGGUGAAAUGCCUAGUUAAUUUUGUUUGCAUCAUUUCCCUGUGAACCUAUUUCAUUAAUGUUAUGACGGUUGGACUUUAUUGGUUAGAGAGAUCUGCAGUUUACACUUGACAAAGAUGGAAAGAAGGGCAUAGCACAGAGGUUGUUUUUUAAAACCUUUUUUCGUAUGUCAACUGUCACGUGCAACCAUUGCAAUUAGCUCACUGUUUAACUAAACAGAGUCCUUAUCAAUUUCUUAAAUCUAACUGGAGGUAACAAAAGCUUUCACUAUUUUUUUAGUAAAACUUUAAAGAAAUACAAGAAGCGCCAGUGGUCAGAUAAGACGUUGCUCGGCAUGAAGAGCAUGUACAAGAGGCAGGGUAAAGUCUCGGGUGGCAGUGAGUGGAUGUGUACGCACUGUGACCUGACCUUUGACAAUGCCUCGCUGCUCAACCUGCACACACUGACUCAUGCUGCGGAGGAUUUGGGGAUGGACGAGAUCAAGAAAUUGACGGGAGACCAGGGAGCAGGGGUAAGGUUCUUGUCUUGUUUGGCACACACUUGGGUGUAAGCAGAGAGCAGUGGUAGGAGUAAGAUUGUCUUGCUGUAAGGCACACACAUAAUAAUAAAAAUAAAGUUUAUUUUGUUAAAAUCACGCUUCAUCCCCAAAGGCUUGAUGCGCUGUACAAAGUCAACCAUAUUUAAAAGAGAAAUGAAACAAUCUAUCCACAUUAAAUCACAAAACGCAACACUACAAAAACUACAAACGAGCAUACCCAUUCAAAGUCUUUCAUCCCUUCCAACUAUAAACAACACAAGCCAAUAAACAUCUAGGAGAUAAUAGCUAGCUGGAAAAGAUGGUAGACAACAUCACCCCAGCAGAUGUUUGCGAAAUAGAUGUCAUUUGUGUUUUCAAAUCGGUUUUGAAGGAUUCCAAUGUCUGGCUGUUUCUGAGAGCGACAGGAAGUGUGUUCGAAAUUGUUGGGCCAGCAAAUGCGAAAGUGCAUCUUCCGUAAGUCUCAAGGCGAACAUGGGUAUCGAGAGUUUGCCACUAUCAGAUGAGCGGAGUUGUCUAGUGGGUACAUAAGGUGUCAUGAGCACUUUGAGAUAGGACAGCGCCAGGUCAUGAAAGCAGCGGUAGCACAGAGUUGCUAUUUUGUACUCUAUGCGAGCACGCAGCUCUCUCAGAAGUGUUUUAGCAUGGUCGAAUUUGCGUUUAUGUAGUACAAUGUGAGCUGCAUUAUUCUGUGCUUUUUGCAUUUUAUCCAGGAGCGUAGCUGAAAGACCCACCAUAAGAGCAUUGCAGUAGUCCAUGAGUGUAAGCAGAGAGCAGUUGUAUUGUUUGGUAAUGCAUGAGUGUAAGCAGAGAGUGGUUGUGUUGUUUGGUACACGCAUGAGUGUAAGCAGAGAGCAGGGGUAGGAGUGUUGUGUUGUUUGGCAGAACUUUGGGGUGUAAGUUUGGGGAUGAACCAACUCUGAAUCUGAGUGUAAUUAUUAGCUGUUCAAAUUUUAAUAUUUUUAAUUGGGCUUUCUUCUUAUUUGAUGUUCUGUGUUCCUAUAAAUUAUCACACACUUAUUAUAAUGCCAAAAAUAGGAAAACACAAUGUAAACCAUGAUUUAAAAAGAUAAUUGUUUCCUUUUUCUAGCUUAAAUGUUUUGGUUUUUUAAAAGAAUUUUUUUGUUGCUAUGUUAAAUUAUUGAAUUAACUUUGAUGUUUAAUAAAUUUUUCUCUGAUUUUCAAUUUUAAAAAAAACUUGUUCAUAUCAUACUUGAAACUGAAGAAAUGUCAAUUACAAUAGAUUUAGAUUUGAAUAGCCUUGACACAUUUGCGUCUAUUACCUCAGGCCUUCCAACCCCCAGUUCCUGAUAUCCUCACUGUGUAGCCCAUGCAACCAGUGAAAUAUCCUCUUCAAUACCAGGCACAAAAACAUAGCAAAUCCCCUCUACAUACAUAGGAGCCAGAACGAUCAAUACAUUGAUCAUGGGCCCUUAAUAUAUAUAGAAGAAGAAAUUGAAUGUUGUAUUUUCUCCUUCUCUGACAUUAGAUCUCAAUUAUAAUACCAAUCUUGUUAAAUGUUGUAUUUUCUCCUCUAAAACUAGAUGUACAUUUUGAUAGCAAUCCUGUUAAGUGUUGUGUCUCCUCCUCUAGAUGGCUCAGUCUGAAAGUGCCACUGGAGAUGAGAACUCCUCAACUCUGGCAAGCCUAAUGAACCUGAGUAGUCCCAUUGUGGUGUGUCCCAAGUGCAGCAUGGCGUUUGAUGACCACAAGAGUCUCAUGAACCAUGUGUCUAUGCAUGCACAGGUUAGUUAAAUGGCCUUAAAAGGCUUUCUACUUUUCCCGUUGUUCAGUCUUUCUAAAAAAAAAUUUUUUUAAAAAUAAUUGUUAAGAGCUGGACUAAGCUGUUAUUAUUUUUAGAAUGUGCCCUAUAGGUGCCAUUGAACCCAUACUCAUUAAAAUUAUUUCACCCUAUGAGUUUUCAAGGCAGCUCUCUUAUUUCUGUUAUAUUUCUACUCUCUCCACCAGCCUUCCAGUGAAAAGAGACCCUUUGACUGUAGGAAUUGCAGCAAAAGUUUUUCAACUCAAGAAAAUCUUGCAAAGCAUCAGAUGGUGCAUGGAGAUGAAUCUGAAAAGCCCCUCCAGGUAACUGGAAUGCUGUUGUCAUUUAUUGAUUGUGGUGGGUUUUUGAAAAUUAAAAAAUGGUUUUAUGAGACACUUCUAGACACAUUAAUGUGCACGUUUGUCCUAAGGUUUUUUCUUAAAUCUCACAUAAAUCUGAUAGUGUUGUUUGUCUUAAAUGGCAAUGGGACUUUCUGUUAUUUCUAAUACAACUUCAGUAAUAGGGCUUAACAUCCAUGGAUUUAUUCGAGUAGGAGUUAAGAUCGUGAACCCCCUGACUGGCAGCCUUUUAGCUAAUGCAAUGUUAAUGGGCAUGAAGAAAGAAAAAAAAAGAUAUUCUUGGGUAUGUGUACAUCAAGUUUAUUUGAUGAGUUGAAUAUUCUGACCAAGAUAAGUUUACUUGACAAACUGUAAAUUUACUCUAAAGCUCUUCAUCCUACCGUGUUAUUCUUUGUGGGAGAGUCUACCAGGGGCUUGUGAUAUAAACUAAAAGCCUAAGCUGGCAUGAUGACUUGAACGGGGAUCAAUGAAAAUCUACUUCAUUUCGAAAACCAUUUUUUCAGUGUGCUAUUUGCUUUAAACGUGUCAUGAACAAUGCAGCCUUGGCGUGCCACAUGAAAACCCACAGUGAGAAGAAAUACUACGACUGCCCUGUGUGCAAUGAGGAGUUUGACUUGGUGGCCGACCUCAGAGAGCACGCCCUCCGACACAUGGACAAUCAAGGGCUCUACCCCUGCAACUCAUGCACAAAGAUAUUUGAGGAUUUUUCAGUGCUGAAGAAACACAUCAAGUCACUUCAUCCUGACAGGAUAUUUGUGUGUCCAGAGUGUGAGAAGGUGAGUGCAAUAUAAAAACAACUCUGCCGCUCUUAACGACACCUUUCUGGAUAACUAGUAAAUAUAAAACAUUGUUUUUUGGUCCCCAUCUUUUCUUUGAACAUCAGCAUUAUUCUAACUUUACAAACUUGAACAAUUCCAUUCCAAUGAUGUAAAUAUUUUUUUUAAUAAAAUUUUUAAUUUCAACAAACAUGUCAUUUGAGGAUCUGUCUACCUUUGUGAGAUUAAAAAUGUCUUUAAAAAACAAACCACAGAAUGGCAGUCCGUUCAUGGCAUUAUUUGAGAUAUCGUCAGUAUGUUGAGUGGUCUUUAGAGUGUUCACAUGUUAAGUUCUGUUGAGCAGUUAUGUUGAGUAAUUUGAGCCAACGAACUACCUGUCUGAAUACCGGGGAGUUAGUAACAUUUGGGCGCCCAUCCGGGAGCACCAUUUAAACAACUCACAUUUUUAUUGACCUUUUAAGCUUCUUCCAAUCACAUAGCUAACCACAAGUAAACAACUCACCCUUAAUUCAUCAUGUUCCUUACACAAUCCAACCAUGCUCCCAAAACCAGUUCAUAACCUUAACAUUACACAGUGCAGCUUUACCCAGUGCAAUACAGUUUCAAUUCUGAAGGAGAAGGCUUAUACCACAAUUUAGUUACAAGCUUUAUCAAUGGGUGCGAUGAAAAUUUUCUCCAGUUGAAUGUCUCAAAAACAAAGGAAAUGGUUGUUGAUUUCAGGGGGGGGAAACACCAGAUUACAGAUCUCAACAUUAAAAAAAGUGUAGAGAUAAGUAGAGGCAUAUAAGUACUUAGGUGUCACCAUUUAAUAAUAAGCUAAGAUGGCAUGAGCACGGCCAAAUGCUUUAUAAGAAAUUCAACCAAAGUCUGCUCCACCUGAAAAAAAACUGUACAAUUUUGGCAUAAACAAACAAGUCGUUAACUUAUUCUACAGUGCAACAAUUGGAAGCCUACUUAAUUUCAGUAUUAUCUGCUGUUGUGGGAAUUCAAGUCUGAUAUUAAACACCGCAUAAACAGACUGAUCAAGAAAGCUAGGAACAUAACACAAACUAAACAUCCUUCACUUAAAGGACUAUUUGAAGAAAGAUGUUAUUGUAAAACUAAACACAUUUUGGAUGAUUACAUCCCACCAUCUUCAUCACAGAUACUUAGGAUCGGCCCGUUCGGGAUGAAUUCUUUCCGUCAGGGCGAGGAUUGAAAGCUAUAAAAAUUCUUUUGUUCUCCAAUCUGUACGAAUUUACCAGCGUGCUCCCCCUGAAGUCACAAAUCUUAAUAAGUCCCUGAUAUGGCUAAGAUAACUCACUGAAUGGCAUUUUUAUUUUUUUCUAGUGAAAUAAUUUAUUACAAAUGUCUUGUGUUCAAAUUGUUUUAAUUUUUGUGCUGAAAAUGUACAAUGCAAUCAUAAAACAUUUCCAUUUGUUUGAAUCAAUAAAAGAAUCUUAUCUUAUCUUAUUUUUCAUCAUCAUCUCAGCCAUUUCCAAGAUUGGAUAAGCUUCGCCUUCACAUGCUGCGACACACCAGCCAUCGGGAGUUCAUGUGUGAGACUUGUGGUAGGCAGUUCAAGCGCAAAGACAAGUUAAAUGAGCACAGGAAACGGGUGCACUCAAAGGAAAGGAUGGAACAGCAGCUCUACGCCAUGCAGCAACAGAACAGCAAACAUAUCAGCAAAUUCACUCCUAAGGUAUAGGAACAUUUCAUUUCCUAUGUUUUUUCUGCAAAAAUAUAUUUCCCAAUAAGCUUCAAUGUUAGGAACUUUAUUGGAUUCACUUACUGGAAUUUAAGAUUCCCCAAGACAAUAGACACAAGGGAAAAAAAUUCUGGGUGAUAAAGAUAGUGCAUUUCCAUUUAAUGUCUCCACAAAAAUAAAGUAAACUGCUGAAGUGAAAACCCACUGACUCCACAAAAAUAAUGGUAAGCUCUACUGAAAUGAGAGACCAAUAUUCAUCUGAACUAUUUUCCAUCAGAUCCAAAAAUUGAUUAAUUUAUUUUCACUGUCUCCUCAAAUUUAGAAAGCUAUCCAUCAUACCCAGUACUGAUUUUUUACCAUUUAUGAUGCAUUAUCGCUGACUCACUAUUCAAAAUUUUAAUAUAUUUUUCAAAUUUAUUUUGUUUUUUCUUCCCGCUUUUAUUAUUAUUUUUGCACUGAUAAAGAAUUCACUUCUAUUUCUAUGCAUAGGUGCUACCAUCAGAAUGGCACAGAUUUAUCUAUAAAUGUCAUACGUGCCUGUUAGGCUUUAAACGUAGAGGCAUGCUGGUCAACCACCUGGCCAAGCGCCACCCAGACAUUAAACCAGAGCAAGUGCCAGAAUUAAAUUUGCCAAUUCUGAAAACUCAAAAAGAUUUCUACUGUCAAUAUUGUAAAAAGGUAAUGUUAAAGAAAAUAAUAAAUGAAACCUGCUAACUUGCCUUGUGAACAUUAUUAAUGUGGAGUGAAACAAAUGUUAACACUUGCUUGGGCUGAAAUUUUUUUCAAGACCUUAUACUAUUGUUUUUUUAUUAUUAUUUUUUACCUGUUUCUUGUGUUUUAUCUCUCAUCAAACCAUUUGGGUAAAAACAACAGAUCUUUGCCUUAAAACAUUGUCUUAUUUUAGCAAGCCUACAGAACGUGAGCAUUGCACUUCUGGAAGACAAUGUUUCACAGACUGCUUUCAAUUGCGCUAUGUAAAAGACAUAAAACUUGAAAAUGACUAAUUGGAGACAAAGUCAAUAUCGAGAUGAGAAUCAACUAGGCCCCACUGGUGGGACAUGUCACACAUCUUAUACACAGCACCGGAAACAAGAUCUUUGAAACAUGGAGCAAUGCCACAGUAAUACUAAUAAAUACCAGGGAAAGCCUGCAGAAGAUAUAAAGAGCUAACAGCCAAUAUCCAUGAUUUAAUGCAUUGGAAAACUUGCAGAGAGGAGGAUCAACCAUUUCCUGUGGUGAUGGCUAGAUACAACGGGUACUUGCAGAGAGGAGGAUCAACCAUUUCCUGUGGCGAUGGCUAGAUACAAUAGGUACUUGCAGAGAGAAUGAUCAACCAUUUCCUGUAGUGAUGGCUAGAUACAACAGGUACUUUCAAUGAACACCAAGCUGGCUUCACUAGCAAUCAAAUCAAAUUUUUACCUGAGCAAGUGAGACAAAUGUACCACAGCAGUCUUGUUGACCUCCAUUUGGCCUGUAACUGCUGCACUGUACACAACAUUGAUGAAUAGGGAAGCUGAAUAACACCUGAAGUGACAACAGCUAAAAAUGUCCUCAAUGAUUGCACAGUGCAAACAUAAAUAUUGCCAUCUUAUCAAAGUGUGUCCUGAAAGAAGUUCCAAUGCUUUAAUGAACACUUAGGCUGGUUAAGUUGUAUGGAGAAAAGUUAAAACUGUAAGUAAAGUCCGCCAUUACAGUAUACCCAGUCUUCAUCAUAACUUACAAAGUAUAAACCAAAGAGAUCAUAUUUUCUAUUGGAAGAUGCUACUUUAGGCAACAAUAAAAAAUGUUAACACUUUCAAAAUACUUGACUAAAAAAAAUUUCUUCAUCUGUCUGCCAAAUGUGACGAUGGUGUAGACUUCACAGGGUUAAAUCACAAGGCCUGGGAUUUUUAUUUUGGAUGAUAAGUUGGUUCCCUAGACGGCAAAUUGCCUCUCUCCACUCAACAGGAAAGUCAAAUGUGGUUGAUGCAGCUUGGCACCAGUAGCAUUGAAGGAGGUGCCGGAAGUUUCAUUGUGUCGAUGUUAUCCACCUACGGGACUCCAUCUCCGGGUUUGAAUUCAGAGUUAUCAUUCUUUUAAAUGAGUUGCCAUCCAAAAAUUAAAUUACUGUUGUGUGAUAUGAUUUCCCUCACUACAGUGGCUCGUACAUUUCAUCUUGAUAUUUCCUUUUCUUACAAACUUCAGAUAUACAAGUCCUCAUCCAAACGAAAGUCCCACAUCCAAAAGAUCCACCCCGGCUGUGCUGUUCCCCCCUCCUCCAGGAAGAAACUCCCGCAGCAAGAAGCUUCAAGCUUUUCACACACAGUCAGCAGUGUCACCAUGAUGCCACAUGGAUGCAAGUUUUGUCACAAACAGUAUGCAAGCAAGGCCAAACUACUGCAGGUAGGUUGCCUUAUAAGCCUCAGAUCAAACAAAUAUAUUUUAUAGACAAUAUUGAUUUGUAUCCCCUCAGACAGAAAAUGUCUUCUCUCUGUCUGAUUAGAUCUUUAAAAUCAUAUAAAAGAUGUAAAGUUUAACUAGUACAAAUUAUAUAUAUGUAAUCUUAAAUAGUACUAGUGAUAAAUAUGUAAGCUUAACUACUACAAUUACAAGUGAUAAAUAUGUAAGUUAGAUUAUUUAGCACUCUUUGCGUCUAUAACUUUGUUCAACUUGUAUCCUUUUAACAGCAUCAGAGGAAAAACCACCCAGAGCUUGUUGAGCCAGUCCAUGAGAAAAAGAAAGCAAAGAAGGCACAACAAGACUAUUUACAUAUCACUGUUACAGGUUGGUCAAACUUCCUCUGGUUCUGGUUCUUGUAGGGUACAUUGCUGAAUCCAUGUACUGGCAAAUGUGCAAGGGUUGGGAAAGUGAUGAUGCUAUCCUAACGGCUCCUAGCAGAUGCCAGGGCAGCCUUGAAGCUCUCGAUUGAUGUCGAGUCCACGACUGCAUUGUCCAGGUGGUUCCAAGCGAUUAUUGUGCGUGGGAAGAAUGAUUGUUUAUAUUGCAGACCUAUUUACCCUCGAACUCUUAAAAUCGUACAAAAUCAUCGCAUAAUCAUUCAAUACAUCCUCUUUAUAGAAAAAAAAACGUGCAGUAUAUAUAAUUUAUACACCUCAAAAUCAUACACUGUACGCCAAAAUCGUAAGAGUAAACAGGUCUGAUAUUGCACUGUGUUACACCGAGGCACAGUGAAGCAUUUGCUAUUGUUCCAGAUGUAAUUGCUUAUGGGGUUGUUAGUCUGUCUUUAAUGCAAGGCAUAUUUUGGAUCUGAGCAAUUAUGAUUGUCUCUGAUGGAAAUGUUAAGAAGUUAAAAGUCUUUGCUGUGGUAUAUAGAAAAAUAUAAAAAAAUAUCGGAACAAUAUAUGUUUAGGCUUGAAAAUAAAAGACAAAACGUUUAAGUGGGUGUUUUGGCUGGAUGCCUUCUUCAGCAGACAAUAAAAUGCAAUAAACUUAAAUUUAAAUUAAAAAUAAACUGAUGUUUGCUAAGAUCUCAAUAAAGUCAAUUAAGCUCAAUUUUCAGAACUGGAAACGCGAAAUUAAUUCAGAUUUUAGGCACCGUAUCACAUCAAUCAAAUAUUCACUUACUAAUUAUCCUUAAUUUCCAUUCCUAUUUUCAAUUUUUGCUGUUAAAAAUGCAGGGAUAAUACGGGACGCACAUUUUUGUGUUGAACAACAAGCAGAGUAAUUCCUUAUCUAUGGGGCUGGGGAAUUUAAGGCCAUGAAAGCCAAUGGUUUAAAGGGUUAAUCUAUUUUUUGCCUUAUUUUAUAUAGAUCCUGCUCAAGGUAUUGAAAGGUAUGAAGCAGUUCCCAUAGCAGUGGUAACACAGGGUGACUCCACUGGUGACGCCGAUCUUUUGACCCAGGCCAUGAGUGAACUCCACAAUUACGCCAAUGAGUUCAUGAGCAACUCACGGCUUUCAAUGACCUGUCCACCCACCAUGGUAAGCCAUGCCUUUUCACCCAACAUGGUAAUGAUAAGCUAGGGCAUUGUCAACCUACCACAUUAUUCACCACCUUGGUAGGCCAUGAUAAUUUCCCUCCACCAUGGUCAACUUUAAUUUGAUAAUUUCCAUUUUAUUCUUAAGACUUUGAUCCCCUAAAACUAUAAUUAUACCUGGCAUAUCAGAAGAUGCAAACUAGCUUUACAUCAGGAACUAGGAACUUUGUAACUUUUUGCUUAGCAUCUGGUUUAUUUGAGCUGGCUUCAUUCUUAAGUGUUUACAAGAUUUUCUACCACUUAAUUACGUGAUGACCUACUUUACACUUUGAAUUUGCUUUUGGAGUACAUCAAACUGUUUCAACUUGCAGGUCCACAUACAGUCCAAUAAUCAGUUUCAGCCAACAACCAUCGACAUCAACCAACUGAACCUUCAAGCCAUUCAUUCAUUUACAUCUCAGAAUGGAGGUGUGGCCACAGUUUUAGCCCAACCCCAACAACCCACUAGUCCAACCCAAGCUGUUACAGUAUUAGCGCCCAGUGGUUCUCAAACAAUUAAUUUAAACAACAGCCAGCUUAUAACUAGGGCUCUGGCCAAUGGUUGCUUUAGCAGCUCAUUUAGAUAGACUUAAAUGAGGUUGUCUUAGUUUACAGCAUGUGUAAAUGAAGAGAAAAAUUCUUAAGGUCUAAAAAACAACACAAGCAUCUUAAAAUGUCUUACUUUUAUUGUUUAUUUUGUGUUGAUAAUAUGUAUGAAGUCGUCCUGUUAAUAGGGUGGGAGAGAAUGCCCUUUUGCCAAAAGGAUUUUUUUGUUUGCCAAGCUUUAAUCCAGAACUACUUUAAAAGCUGUGUUGUCAAAUCUGCAUUAUUAACAUUUGAACACUGAGUAAACCUUUAAAAUCUUCAACAUUUUUAUAAAAAGAGAAUAUUUCUUAGCCUGUGAAUAUGAACAAUUUAUAACUGAUGCAAUUGUGAUGUAAGUUUAUUUCUUAAAUGAUUUCCUUCAAGUGCCUUUAUGUCCAUCUAACUAUCUGUAGCUGUAGUCAUUGUCUCUUCAUUUUUUUUGUUUACUUGGAGAGUAAUUUAUUCCCAGCUUGAAUUUUGUGUGGUUCAUGUGCAAAGUGGAUCAAUGCUGUCUUUACAUGAAUUUGGAAAACUCAAGAAAAAUAGAGGUGCUCUGUAAUGUGUUCAAGAUCACUAAUGACAUGAAUACCAUAUUAAAUUUGUUAUUAAGGUAUAUUUUAAAGAAGUUGACUGUCUGAUACAUGCCCUGUCAUAAUCUGGGUUGUACAACCAAUAGAAGAUAAUUUGAACAAUUUCAUUUUAUAGCAGUUUUUAUAAAGCUAUUUUGAAGAAAUAAAACUCAGCAAGCUGGUAAAUUAAGGACAGUCGUUUUGUUUUUUUAUAAAUGUCUUGUUUUACACACUGGCAGCUUGAAUCACAAACACAAGUUCGGCUAUUUUUGUGUAAACAGCAUAUUGUUAAUCCCUCACACAAUGUUGGCUGCUUUCCUCAGACUUCAUUUGGUGAUUUUUAUUUUUUAGAUAGAUUUCAACUUGUUCCCAAGAAUAGGUUCCUUACUUAGCUCAGGGGACUGUUUUACACAUAGCCUGGGAGGAAUUAGAACUACUUCUUGGUGGAGAGGCCGACAACAUAAUUUUUUUUUCUUCUGUCCGCUUUGGGGGUGGGGGAGGGGGUGCCGUGACAACAUUACCUUUGACUUAAAUUAUUGACUUCACGUCUCAAUUAUGACUUGAGCAAUAACACAUCCUAUUAAUUUCAUUUAUAACAUAUCCCAUUAUAUAACUUAUUAUUGGAAAAAGUUUCUAGC